AUGUCGAGCUUUGCGAUCCGGGAAACUCUACUAAGAUCCCAUGUGCAUCUGUUCUCUAUGAGUCCCAUAAUGGGUUCUGUGUGCGGGACAUCUUCCGCCGUAUGGCCUGCCAAUUGUACGAAGCUCCCGGAAAGUGUUUUCGGUCAUCAGAUGCUGCAACAAUGCCGGCAAAUGGAAAAACCCAACGUUCCGGUGGAUCUGAAUCAUUUUAAAUCUGUAUCAGAGAAGUUUCCCGCCAAGUUUGGCAUCGAUACCUGCCGGGUGAAGGCGCAACCGGUGGAUCGAAGUGAUCACAUACAAAAGCAAAUCGCAUCCGCCUAUCCGGUGAUUCACGAACGGACCCUCCUACUCUACAUCAGUUUCCUGGAGCACAAGCUCAAGUUCGGCAGCGAGCAGGAAAAGUUAAUCUACAAGGACAUGACUCUAGUUGACUUUGUGCAGCGCCUUCUGGUGAAGAGAUGUGUGUGGUUCUUCGGCAGUGGCGACUACUACCAUACCAUGGAUGGCAAAAUUGGACUCGAGGGCUUCGAGGCGGUGGGCACUUUCAGCGAAAAGGAUCCCCUCACUCUGAACUCGGUGCUCAGCUACGACGAGAUCAAGCUGGCCGCCCUGCUCUACGUGUCCUGCCACUCGGAGUUCAUUAACGAUGGGAGGAGAUCGAAUGCUGGUGAGGUGACCCAGAAUAAGGACACAAUCGAACGGGAGGGCGUGAUCAUUGGACUGAUUGGAGCUCGUUUCGAGCGCCCCGAUGUGAUGGAAUACCAGGAUAUCAUGAUAACCGAAACCCAAAACACUCAGGCCAAAGGUUAUGGGUUGGCCAGCAUGUGCAGUGAGACUGCCGCACCUGCAUCAGAUUUUCGUAGAAUCUGGCGAGAGUUCUACGAGGAACCCAGGGACUUCAUUUACGGAGACACUCCUCAUGAUGAUAAGCGUUUCGAAGAGGUUACCGAGGGCAUUUUCGAUCACCAGGUCAUGCGCAAGCGAUAUGCCAUCACUUUCGAUACCCUGCUUUUGGAGGCACAGGAUAGAGCAUCCAAGGCUGGCAAGCCCGCCUAUAUCCAUGUGGUGGGCAUCGGACUGGGCGUUUGGAAGGCAGCUGGCCAGCAGGAGCGCACCUUCUUCGAAGCGUUUGAGGGACGAUUGCGGGCACUUGGAGAACGCCUCAGCAACAUUGGAGUGAUACACUUCUCCUGGUUUCAUUUACCGAGGGUGGGAAGCUUGUACGACGGGGCCACCUUUCCCGUGGACAAACAUCCGCAAGGUGGUAUUCGCAUCCGGAAUUCGGUCAGAAGCCCGGGAGACAAACUAACGAAGGACAUGCUGCCCGUGGUGACCUACGCCUGGGAUGGAAAUGCCCUGCCUGGCAACGAAUUUUGGGCGAAUAACCUAGUUGGCACUGGGGAUCCAGCAGCCGCGUGCUCCACUCUGAUCUCUGAGCUGCAAAAUCCCCACAUUAAUGUGGAGUACAUGAAUGGAGCCAAUCUGCACAUUGCAUCCGUGGAACACGGCUUGCUCCAUGUGGGUGAUUACGCCAGGCGACUGAUUGUCUAAAAACUGGGAAUGUUUCCUACACAAGCUCAAAAAUAUAUAUUACGAUGGUGGGAGAUUGAAAAUGUAAA